UAGUAAUGACAGCUAGCGUUAUCGGAACGGGAUAGGUUUGCAAGAGGGAGGUUGCUAGCUAGCUUAGCCCUUCAUAGCUAAACAACACUGGUGGGAAAAGGAGCGAAAAACACACAACUAGCCAGCAAGCUAGGUAUAAUACAAAAAAACUCAUAGAACAAAAAACGCAGCCAGACGGAUACAUUUCGGAACCACACUCAUCCCUGCCCGGUCCGGUUGAGCUGGUGAAGAUGGUGAAGCCGGACGUGCACGCGCUGGCCCACCACCUGAAGCAGGAGCGGCUGUACGUGGCCUCAGAAAAGCAGCUGAUCCAGAGGCUCAACGCUGACGUCCUGAAGACGGCCGAGAAGCUGUACCGGGCCGCCUGGAUCGCCAAGCAACAGAGGAUCAACCUGGACCGCCUCAUCCUCACCAGUGCGGAAGCCUCUCCGGCCGAAUGCUGCCAGCACGCCAGGCUCCUGGAGGACACGCAGUUUGUGGAUGGCUAUAAGACGCUGGGCUUCCAGGAGAGCGUGUACGGCGAGUUCCUGAGCCGGCUGAGGGAGAACCCGCGGCUGGUGGCGUCCUGCCUGGUGUCCGGCCAGCGCCUGAACCCAGAGCAUGCGCAGGGAGUCAUCCACAGCGUCUUCACCUCCCUGUACGGGAACUGCAUCAUGCCCGAGGACGAGAGCUACCUGCUGCAGGUGCUGCGCUACCUGAUCGAGUUCGAGCUGAAGGAGAGUGACAACCCGCGCCGGCUGCUGCGGCGAGGCACCUGUGCCUUCAGCGUGCUGUUCCGCCUCUUCUCCGAGGGCCUGUACUCCGCCAAGCUCUUCCUGACCGCCACACUGCACGAGCCCAUCAUGCACCUGCUGGUGGAGGACGAGGACCACCUGGAGACGGACCCGGCCAAGCUGACGGAGCGCUUCACCCCGGCCCAGCAGGAGCGGCUGUUCGGGGAGAAGGGCUCGGAGGCGUACCGCCGCCGGGUGCAGGCCAUGGUGGAGGCCAACGAGGCCAAGCUGGUGGCCCUGGUCAACAAGUUCGUGGGCUCACUGCGGCAGAGCACGUACUGCUUCCCGCACGGGCUGCGCUGGGUGGUGUCGCAGAUGUACCGCACGCUGUUGCGCGUGGAGCGGCUGGAGGUGGGAGAGGUGCGGAGCAUGUGCACCCACCUGCUGCUCACCUGCUUCAUCUGCCCCGCCGUCGUCAACCCCGAGCAGUACGGCAUCAUCUCCGACGCGCCCGUCAACGAGGUGGCCCGCUUCAACCUGAUGCAGGUGGGACAGUUACUACAGCAGUUGGCCAUGGCAGACACUGAGGAAGGAGACCCUCGUAGGAAAAGUAGCCUGUCUAAGUUUGAUAAAAGCUGCGUGGCAGCCUUUCUGGACGUUGUGAUUGGUGGAAGGGCCGUGGAGACCCCACCCAUGUCCUCGAUGAACCUACUGGAGGGCCUGACCAGGACGGUGGUGUACAUGACACACAACCAGCUGCUAGCUCUGGUGGACUUCGUGCGGAGCGUGCUGACGGGAGACCAGCUGCGGGAGGAGGAGCGGCUCGCCCUGGAGACCCUGCUGGCCAACGUCCCACAAUCCCGUGCGGUGAAGAGCAACAGCCUGGAGCUGACCCCCUCCAACACCCCCCAGCUGUCCCCGGCCACCACCCCUGCCAACAAGAAGAACCGUCUGCCCAUAGGACAGCAGUUAGCGGCCAUCACGUCCUGGGACCCCUCCGCCUCCACCCUGUCUGCACACAUUCCCUUAGUCACACCUUUUGCAGCUUCUCGGAGCCGAAGCCGUACCAACAUCGCCCAGGAGGGGGAGCCAGAGGCCAGUUCCCAGGAGUCUCUGCAGGAAGUGAUGUCGGAGGAAGUUCUGGUGAUCUCUCUGGGCACCGCCCCCCAGGUCGUUCCUGGCAUGAUGUCUGAGAACGUGGUUCUGACCCUACAGAUGGCAGACGGGGGGCAGGGCGACGCCCCCGCUGACGACACGAAGCUCCACGGCAAGCCGGACAAAACGCUGCGCUUCUCCCUCUGCAGCGACAACCUGGAGGGCAUAUCUGAGGGGCCAUCCAAUCGGUCCAACUCCGUCUCGUCACUGGACCUGGAGGGGGAGUCGGUGUCCGAGCUGGGGGCGGGGCCAUCCGGGAGCAACGGCGUGGAGGCUCUGCAGCUGCUGGAGCACGAGCAAGCCACCACUCAGGACAACCUGGACGACAAACUGCGCAAGUUUGAGAUCCGGGACAUGAUGGGUCUGACGGACGACCGCGACAUCUCCGAGACGGUGAGCGAGACCUGGAGCACUGAUGUGCUGGGCAGCGACUUCGACCCCAACGUGGAUGAGGACCGGCUGCAGGAGAUCGCAGGGGCGACAGUGGAGAACAUGCUAGGCAGCCUGCUGUGUCUCCCCGGCUCCGGCUCGGUUCUGCUCGACCCGUACGGCUCCACCAUCUCCGAGACCACCAGCGAGGCCUGGAGCGUGGAGGUUCUGCCCAGCGACUCAGAGGCCCCUGACCUGAAGCAGGAGGAGCGUCUGCAGGAGCUGGAGAGCUGCUCGGGGGUGGGCAGCACCUCGGACGACACGGAGGUCAGAGAGGUCAGCUCCCGGCCCAGCACGCCGGGACUCAGCGUGGUGUCAGGUAUAAGCGCCACCUCGGAGGACAUCCCCAACAAGCUGGAGGACCUGCGGUCGGAGUGCAGCUCAGAUUUCGGGGGGAAGGACUCGGUGACCAGUCCAGAUGGGGAGGAGCCGGCUCACGGAGCGCACCAUCUGACGUCUCCCCCCUCUCAGACGGACUCCCUGCUGGCCAUGUUCGACCCCCUCUCCUCUGGAGAAGGCUCCUCCACGGGCACCAUCGUGAGGCCCAAGGUGCACUGCGUGCGGCCGCUCCACCCCCCUCCGGACCCGCCCAUCCCAGAGGCCCACGCCACGGGCCCCGAGACGCGGCCCCCCCCGCUGGCCCCCCACUGCCUGGCCCAGAGCGAGCUGGAGCACAGCAAGCAGCGGCACUCGUACCCGGACCGCCUGGUGCGUAGCCGCAGCUCCGACAUCGUGUGCGGCGGCCGACGCCCCACCAGCGACCCCGGCCUCAACCGCCGCACCGCGGGAGCCAGCGAGGAACGGGACCCCCCCUCCGGCUUCUCCCUGGGGCCCUCCUGCUCCCCCAGCAAGGACUCGCUCAAAGGAGAGGGAGAGGAGAGAAAGGACAGCGAUGACGAGAAGUCAGAUCGCAACAGACCCUGGUGGAAGAAACGAUUCGUCUCAGCCAUUCCCAAAGCUCCGAUAGCGGCCUUCCGGAAGCGGGACAAGCCAGAGAAAGAGGAUGCGGCCCCCGAGCGCGCCCCUCAAGACGAGCCCCUGCCCAGGCAGAACACACAGGACCAGGCAGCAGAAGACAUCCUGGACAAGUAUCGCAACAUCAAGCGGACCAGCCCCAGUGACGGGGCGACGGCGGCCUCGUACGACGGCCAGGAGGCUUGUGGUGCAGAAGGGGAGUGUGUUCACGACUCUCCCAGAGAGGAAGUUCUGCAGAACAUCUCCACAGACGACCUGCCUGACUCCGCCAGCCAGACCGCCCCUCCACAGGACACCACAUUCUCAUUCAGCGAUGCGAAGAAGAAGCUCAGACUGGCCCUGUGUUCCGCUGACUCGGUGGUCUGCCCCAUCACAGUCCCCGCCUCCACCCGCAACGGCCUGCCUGACCACACCGACCCCGAAGACAAUGAGAUCGUGUGCUUCCUGAAGGUGCAGCUGGCGGAAGCCAUCAACCUGCAGGAUAAGAGUCAGAUGGCCCAGAUCCAGGAGACCACGCGCUGCGUGAGCCGCUUCGACGCGCGCACCUGCAAAAAGCUGCUGGCUGCCAUCGCCGACGACUACAGGAAGAGGGCGCCCUACAUCGCGUACCUGACCAGGUGUCGGCAGGGGCUGCAGACGUCACAGGCGCACCUGGAGAGGCUACUGCAGAGGGUGCUGAGGGAUAAGGAGGUGGCCAACCGCUACUUCACCACCGUCUGCGUGCGGCUGCUGCUCGAGCACAUGGAGGCCAAGAUGCAGGAAUUCAUCAAAGCGUUCCAGACGUGCACGGCAGCCGACGAGAAGACGGCGGCGGUGGAGGACUUCCUGCGGUACCUGUACGGAGCCAUGGCCCACGAUGCCAUCUGGCAGUACGCCAGCGAGGAGCAGCUGCAGGACGCCCAGAUGGCCAUCGAGCGCAGCGUCAUGAACCGCAUCUUCAAGCUGGCCUUCUACCCCAACCAGGACGGGGACAUCCUGCGUGACCAGGUCUUACAGGAGCACAUUCAGCGCCUCUCCAAAGUAGUGACAGCCAAUCACAGAGCCCUUCAGAUCCCAGAGGUGUACCUGAAGGAGGCGCCCUGGCCGUCUGCGCAGGCGGAGAUCGGGACCAUCAGCGCCUACAAGACGCCGCGGGACAAAGUGCAGUGCAUUCUGCGUAUGUGCUCCACCAUCAUGAACCUGCUGAGCCUGGCCAACGAGGACUCCGUCCCCGGAGCCGACGACUUCGUCCCCGUGCUCGUCUUCGUCCUCAUAAAGGCUAACCCGCCCUGCCUGCUGUCCACCAUUCAGUACAUCAAUAAUUUCUACGCCAGUCGGCUGACCGGGGAGGAGUGCUAUUGGUGGAUGCAGUUCACCGCAGCGGUGGAGUUCAUUAAGACCAUCGACGACCGCAAGUGAUGCAGAACAGCCACCUGUACAGGCAUGCUUGGAGAUGGGGGGGUGAUGUGGGGGGGGGGCUGCCCAACCAACUGCUCCAGCACCACAUGUACAGCCAGCUCUUACACUCUGUAUAGCUGUACAUAGGGUAAGGGAUGUUUUAGGAUCAAAGACUAUAAAUAUAUAUAAUGUAUAUCAUAAUAAGAAAUGCAGGUUUUACUUUAAGAAAAAAAAGGAAACAUUAACCUUGAACUUACCUAUUUGCUUCCCACCCCACCUCCUCUCUCAUACUCAUUUGCUCUUGUUCUCUCUUUCUCUGGUCAUGGUGAGGGGUGGGGCUGCUGCAUUUGAGAUUUUACACCUGAAAGCAACCAUUACGAAUAUGAUCUAAAACUAUUACGAAUCCAACAGAAAAGGGACCAG